AUGUCAGUCAAGUCCUCAAAAACCGAGUUGGAUGCUGCAAUUGCCGCUAUAGAAAAGUCUCUCGCAGAGGUUCACUUCGAGAGCAGAAUUCUACUUCACAAAGCAGUCAGAUCAAUAAAUGGGCAAAAUCAUCAGUUAUUAAGAGGUAAUGAAGAGCUGAAGCAAGGCAACGAGGACCUAAAGCGACAAAUCGAGGAAUUGAAAUUAAGGAACGAUGAGUUGAAAAAAGAAGUUCAGGUACUUUGCCAAAAGGCAUCAAAUAAACAAAUUCAAGAGGACUGGGAGAGUCUGCAGCGCUUCAAAACACUUCUCGACGUGCCUGACGAAGAUCCUUCUCCGGAGGUCGAUCUGGAUUACUGCCAAAAGACCUUGGAAAAGGCUUUCCGAAAAGGAAGCCCCAAUGUCAGGUCUAGCAGCUCAUUUUCAAGGAUGACACUCAAUGCGCUUGAAGAGGAUGAAGUGUACAAUCGAUGGAUGAGCAAUUCUCACUCUUCUCUGUUCGUUAUAAGUGGCCGGACAAAACCGGAGUCCCAUGACGGGCAUAAUACUUGCUCAUGGCUUUCUAUGGCUUCUAUCGAUGUUGCUGAAAAGCUACGUGCAGAUGGUAGCUUCACGCUUUUCUAUUCAUGUCAUCCCAAACUUCGUGCCGACGACAUCAUUCCUUUUCAGGCUCCACUCUCAAUGUUAAUCUACCAGGCGCUAACACACAGACCUGAGCUCCUUCGGUAUGAGAAUCAACAUCUUCAAUCACUGAUACGUCAAUGGCAGAAAGAGAGCCACGAUCGAGAGAAGUUGACUUUGAUGAUUAAAACUCUACGCGAAUGUCUCGCGAGCGCUACUGUUAACCCGCAAAAGCCAAUGUAUAUCAUACUCGACAGAAUGGACCUCUGUGAUGGCACAAAGGCUCUGAAAAGGCAUUUCCUAAGGCAAUUACUGUCUCUGGUUACAGAUGACUCUUUGAAUUUAAAAUUGAUGCUUGUUUUGGACUCAACAUUGUGGGAAGGUUUGGACGAUUUGUUUGAUGAUUUAUUGGACGAUUUAAGGUAUGAUGCCAAGGACCGCUUGCUCGGUAAGCUAGGAUGGCAUCAGACGGAACAGACACCGCGUUUAUCCUCCCCUGAGUGGGUGUGA